AUGUCUUUAGCAGGAAGAUUGGCUUUUGUAACAGGUGGUGGUCAAGGUAUAGGCAGAGCGACAUGUAGGAUCUUAUCUAGAGAAGGAGCGUCAGUUGUUGUAGCAGAUAAAGCUCCAAAAACUGUGGAUGAAACAUUGAAAAUAAUAAACGAUGAAUCAAAAAGUCCACAUCUCGGAGUUGAAUUAGAUGUAGGAAAAGCCAAAAGCAUAAAAGAUGCUCUGAAGAAAACCUUGGAAAAGUAUACAAAACCACCAACGAUUAUUGUAAAUUGUGCAGGCAUUACCAGAGAUAACUACCUCUUAAAGUUAUCUGAGGAAGAUUUUGAUGAAGUUCUUAAUAUAAAUUUAAAAGGUACAUUUUUGGUAAUGAAAACAUUUGCAAACUCAAUUGUCGAACAUGGUUUACCAAAUGCUUCAAUUAUAAACAUAUCUAGUAUUGUUGGUAAAUAUGGAAACAUAGGCCAGAGCAAUUAUACAGCUAGUAAGGCUGGAGUUGAACUUUUAACAAAAACUGCCUCAAAAGAGUUUGGAAAAAUGGGUAUUAGAGUUAAUACACUUUUUCCAGGAAUGAUCAAAACAAGAAUGAUUGAAUCUGUACCUGAAAAAGUGCAGGAUAAGUUUAAGAGCAUGAUUCCCUUAGGCAGAUUUGGACAACCAGAAGAAAUUGCAGAAGUUAUAGCAUUUUUAGCUUCUGAUAAGAGUUCCUACAUGACUGGGGCUUCUAUUUUAGUAACAGGCGGG